AUGUUAUGCAAUAAUAACAAAAAUAAUUAUCGUAAUCGUUUCGUUCAUUAUUUACUUGUAGCAUUAAGUCGUCCUGACACAAUACCACCACCAUCACCACCACCACCACCACCAACAACAACAACAACAACAAUCGAAUAUACUGACAAACAACAACAACAUUUGAUGUGCAAUUCUGAUUACAAUACGCAAAUACCAUUACCAACACCAUUGCCAUCAUCAUUAUCAUCAUCCACUUCUAUUAUUAACAACAACGAAAAUAGUGAAGAACAUACACUAAAUAUGUCACCCAAUGGAACAGCAAAUGGAAAUUGUUUAUUACACACAACUACGACAACAAAUCAUCUAGUUAAUAGUUCGAAUACAGCACAACGAUUAUUUCAUAGAAAUAAAGACGAUUAUGUUAAAGAUUCUGUCGAUUUAUAUACUGCUGCAUUACAUUUAAGACAACGGUUGAAAGAAGAAGAUGUCAUAAAGAAAACAUAUCAGGCGUAUUUAGAUCCUGAGAAAAAGACACCAGAUGCGCGAAUUUAUAAUUGUUUUCAAGCAAAAGAAGCAGUUGACUGGUUAAUUAAAAAACAAUUAUGUCGAAAUAUUCAAGAUGGAACAGAAAUCUAUCAGAUAUUACAAGAUUUGAAAAUUAUUCAUCAUGUAUUUGAUCUAACAGAAUUCGAAUAUCCAUCAACAGAUAAUACAAAUGAAGCAAAAUAUUUAUUUCGAUUUCGUCUUGAUGAUGGUACUGCAGAUCAUAAUCAUUCAUUUCAACAGUUUGCAUCGAUCUACGAAAUAUAUCUAUGUUUGUUUAAAUUGGAAAAAUCACGAUGCCGUGGGGUAGAUAUGCUACAACAACAAAACUACGAUUCAAAUGGAAUUUCACUAAAAGGAGAUAAUUUAGCUCGAAUGAUUUCAUUUUGUGUCUCUGGUAAUAUGGAAACAGUUGACAGAGUUGCCGAUGAUAUGUUAUUUUAUGGUUUGAUUAAAUUUGAAAAUUCAGAAUCUGAUUCUGGAUCAGUGUCAAAUUUAUCACCAUCAUCCACAGCAUCCUCGUCUCCAUCAUCCGUAAAUGGUUGUUCUUCUACAUGUUUUUGUUCAUCAAUAAUACCCAAAUUUCGUAAUGAUCCCCAUUUUUAUUAUACAGUUAAUACACAAUAUCGUUUAUGUUCGAAAAAACGUUUGGAUCUAGUUGCUUUGAUGAACGGAACACCAGCACUGUUAUCAUCUUCACCAGGAUCAAAUGGUUUUUGUGAUAGUCCAUUUAUAAGUUUAUCCUGUCCUGAUCGAUUCAAUCGUCUAUGUAGUACAAAUAAUCGAUCAAAUCGAACAUAUAGUAAUUAUCAUCGUUCAACAACAUUAAAUAAUCCAUUGUUUGUCAACUGUUAUUCUUGUCAUCUUCAUAAUAAUGAACUCAAACAUUCAGCAGCUAAAGCAUCGCCAACGAAUAAUCGUCAAAAUUCUACAACAUUUCAACGGCGGCAUACAUCAGGUCCAUCCAUUGAUACAUGUGAUAUUAUUGAUCAACGUUGUAUGUCACCGUCACAACAACCUCAAACGAUUACUGAUAAUGAAAGAUCUAAUUCACCACUCACAUCACCAUCGUCUAUAUUUGAUACAAAUUGCACAUGUACAUCAUCUCUCACUUUUAAUUUAAAUGGUAGUUCAACACAUUAUUAUGCAAUGAGCAGAAGGAAAGCGUCAGCGAGUUUAAAUUCACCCUGUUCAAUGGAAAUUCGUCCAACAGCGGAAGAACUUGAAAAACUUCAACCACCUUAUACUUGGCGUAGUUAUUCGUUGAAACGUGAUCGUUGUGGAUAUGGUCUAAUUCUUCAUGGAAAUGGCCCAUGUUAUGUUGAACGUUUAGAUCCAUAUGGCAGUGCUUACUCCUCUGGGAUAAAAGUAAACGAAUACAUCUAUGCUGUUGAAGGUGUUAAUGUGCUGCGGCGUAGUGGCAAAGAAGUCGAGCGCCUCUUAUCUAUGUUCGAUAAAUGUACUCUAUACACUGUAUAUAAUAAAACAUUAUCAACGACAGUCGAAAUUCCGACAUCAUCCAUAUCUAAAUUGACAGGAGAAUCCGCGUCUUUAUUGACGCUGGACACACCGUCGAAAAUAACAGUAUCAUCGAAUAACAGUAUCAUCGAAUAA